AUGGGCAGAGUAAGACUGUUCGCAAGACUUCUGCGAAAGGCGUAUAUUUUCCGAGAGCUGCGGUGUUUCUCGGCGUACAACCGACAGAGCAUCUUGUACAUUUCCGAAGAGCAGUGUCGGUCUUCACUGACGCUCACUCGUUCCGUAGGCGAGCAGCUGACCGUUCGGCAUGUUCGCGGUCUGUCGUCCGGCAGUGGCGCCGGCAAAGAUGGCCGUGGUCCUUCGGAUACCGGCGAAAAAGGCUGCAACACAUCCGACGGCGAUGGUGGCCUCUCCAGCGGUGGCGGCAGUGGUCGCGGAAGUGGUCGCGGUGGCAGCGAUGGGGAAGAUGGCGGUGAUUCGUACGUUCUGAAGUGCCCGAAAUGCGGGGACCCGUGCACCCACGUCGAAACGUUUGUUUCUUCGACGCGAUUCGUCAAGUGCGAACGGUGCCAUCACUUUUUCGUUGUUUUGUCUGAAACGGAUACCCGGAAAAGCGGUGUGGUCGCUAAGACGCAGCUGAAGACACUUCCUUCGCCGAAAAAGAUAUAUGAAUAUCUGGACAAGUACGUCGUUGGUCAGCAGUUGGCUAAGAAGAUCCUGUCGGUCGCUAUAUAUAACCAUUACAAACGGAUCAGCCAUAACCCGAAGCCGUCGACAGUACAGAAGGCGGAUCCGGUUGUGUCAGACUCGCCGCGCGCCUACAACUCGGUCACGUCACGUGACGUGUUUUUUGCCGGUAUCCCUGGUUUUCCCAAUUCGAUAGGCUCCAGCAUCGGUGGCGGAGGUCCGGGCGCAGAUGGAGCGCCAAACUCGGUGCCGAAGAAGAACAUCACGGAUGUGGUCAACUCGGACAGCGACGAACUGAAGCUGGACAAAUCGAAUCUGCUACUUUUGGGUCCAACAGGAUGCGGUACGUAUCUUUUUUGUGGGCUCAAUUUAAAGUUAGAUUUUGCUUGAAU